AUGUGCCACGGCGGCAGCCUUAGAGACCGCCUCUGGACGUCACUGCUGAUGCUGCUGCUGACGUUGACGCUCCUGGCCGCCGCAGGCGGCACCGACUACCUGCCACCGGCCGACCCGCCAAUCGUGGUGCGCAACGGCACCAACGCAUCCGUGGUGCUCGAUUGCGCCUACACGCUGCCGCCGGGCGACGUGCUGCUACACGUCAAGUGGUUCCACAUCCGCGGCGAGUACAAGCUGGUCUUCCAGUGGAUCAACGGGCAGCCUCCGCAGGCGCUCGGCCCGCUGCGGCACCGUCUCAACCUCAGCUUCACCGCCUCUGAGACGGCCAACGAGCGCUUCCGGGCGCUGCAGAUUCUCCGGCCGACCGUCGAGCUGAGCGGCAGGUACCUCUGCAAGGUGACCUCCACACGUCGUGACGUCACGCGGCAGAAGCGGCUCGUCGUCUACACGUCACCGAAGGAGAUGUCCAUAUCAGAAGUGCAGACCGGGUUUCACAUGGUGAACAUCACGUGCCACGUGACGGGCAUGUACCCGGAGCCGCGGCUGGAGCUGUACGGCGGCGCCAACACGCGUACCAUGGUGCCGAUCGAGGGAUUGCACAAAUACGUCAGCUGGCGCGACGGGCUAUAUGACGUCACCGCCUUCUGGGUGACCCGUGACGAAUUCCUGCGUGACCACACCGUUUUCGAGUGUGUCAUGCGGGUCGCUGACACGAAUUAUGUGGAGAAAAGGGAGAUCUCCUACUCGCCAGGGCGCGCGAUGUCGGCCGGCCCGCCGACCAUUGUCAUAUCCGGCCCCUCCAACGUGCGAGGAGGGCUUCGAGCAGCCAGUGCAGGGUGCGCGUGCCGCGCCCUCGCCCGGCUGCUGGCCGCCGGCCUCUGCGUGACGCUGCUGUCACGCACGCUGCUGGGCGGUACGCGUGAGGCGUAA